AACAGACAAUUUACAUGUUGCUAGUGUAUGCAAAGUUAAUCUUUGUAUUUUGAGUGGUUUUAUAGGUAAAAGUGUGCAGGAAGUUGGCAGCCUGUCCAGCAUAAAUCCCCACACUCUCGCCCUAUAAAAGUGUUUAUCGUGCAACGCAGAACAAUGUGCCUGUGCAUUGUUCUGGUGAAAAGCACAGAUUACCAAUCUGGUGAUGUGCUGAUGACCUUUUCUAAUUAAAGGAACCACAUUUUCAGUAGAAGGAACCUAAACCAAAGAAAAGGAACUGCACGUUUUCUGCUAAUGCCACCAAAAGUCGGAUGCUUGAGCAUAUCGAGGGAACUCGGACAUAUUUAAAGACUGAACGCCACUGGGGUGAGCUGACGUGGUGAGCAGAUGAUAAAAUCACUGAUCCAGGUGAGAGGAGUAAGAUGAAUCGUUCGGGGAGGAAAUUCCCUGCUUUCUACUGCCUCCUUCUCCUUUGUCUUCUUAAAGGUUGCACCUGUCAAUACUACACAACAGCAACAGUGGGAUCAGACGUUUCUCUAACCUGCACCUAUAGUCUUUGGAAAUACGGCAGGCUGCCCUUUUGCUGGGCCAGAGGAUCUACAUCGGCAUUUGGCUGUAACAAUGAGGUGCUGAAGUCAGACGGGACACUGGUGACCUCCAGGCUGUCGUGGCGUUACGAUCUCAGGGGUAAUCUUGGCAAUGGGGAAGCCUCACUCACCAUCGCACAGGUUCAGGAGGGUGACUCGGGCAAAUAUAUCUGUCGAGUGGAAAUACCCGGCUGGUUCAACGAUCAGGAAGUUGAGACUACUCUCAAUGUUGUACCAGGACGCCCCUCUCCGCCACAGGUGGAGCUCAGAGAGCUGAAGCAAAGAGCCGCCACAGUUGGCUGGAGUCCUCCGUUUGAUGGCGGCAGAUCCAUUUCAGCUUAUCUGAUUGAUUUUAAACGCAACGAUGCGUCCUGGAAUGUCGCUGUGAGAACUCAGGAUUUCAAGACUCAGGUGACUUUGGCUGAUUUACGUCCCGCCACUGCCUACAACCUCCGUGCGUUUGCUGUCAACAGCGUGGGGACCAGCGAUGCCAGCAAUGUUCUGACAUUUACAACACAGGAAGCAGCCCCCGAGGGCCCACCACUUGAUAUGCGACUUCAGGCUGUCAGCACUCAGAGUAUCAGAGUCACCUGGAAGCCUCCACAAGUUGAACUCAGAAACGGCGUUGUGCGCAGUUACACCGUCAGCUACAGAGAUUACGACGCACUGGUUCAGAAAUGGUGGCUCCUAACAAAGAUGGCUACAGGCGAUCAGGAGAGCGUCCUGCUCACCGACCUGCAGCCGUCGACCAGGUACGAUGUGCUGAUUCAGGCCAGGACAGACGCAGGAGAAGGACCUGCUGCGACCGCGCCUCUCUGCUCCACUCUGAGUGAAGCAACUACAACCACUUCCACUACUGCUACAACCAGGACAAAACACACAAGCCUCUCUGUGGUGCCUCCGGAUCCACCUGUAAUUGGUUUGCAGGAGGUGAAAAAUUACACAAUUUCAAUUUUCUGGACCCCUGGUUUUGAAGGCGACAGCCCCAUUUCUGGUUUCUACCUGGAGUAUAAAGUACAAAAUGCUUCAUGGGAUUAUACAGAAAUUGUCAUCAAAUUUGACGCCAAUGAGACAGAGGCCACAUUGGUAGAGUUUAAACCUUCAACAUACAACAUCCGAAUGUUUGCUAAAAACAGUCUGGGAACCAGUAAAGCCAGCAACGUUCUCACCGUGACCAUAGAAGAAGGAGGCGUUCAUUUCUCAUCCUCCUCUCCUGGUUGUGUCUCGGUGUACGCUCCAAAAACGCCGUGGGACUUAAUGUUGGUAUUUUUAGGAUAUCUGUGGUUCUUUUGGCAAACAUCAGAAUUCAACCUUUGCUUGGCAUGACGGAUAAAACAAUAGUAGUGAAAUUCAGCUUAAAUGCACCACAACUAAAAAAAAAAACUGCUUAUUAUCUUUGAACAAGUGGUGACACCAAAUGGCUCCAGUGGAAUGCAUUUGUGAUCUUAAGUGCAAAAGUCUAACUACAAAUUUUGGCAGAUUUUUACUGUCACUGCAAUGACCUCACUGUCAAGCAUUAUUGCCAUUUUAUUCUGUUUUUAAUUUUGUUUUAUUUUCUUCACUGCACAUUUCAUAAAUAACUCCUUUUCUUUCUAAGUGCCAUGAAGCACCUUUAAAUACAAUGUGUUGGUCUAGUGUAACAUGAAAAUGCCAAUAAAAUACAACAAAGUU